AUGUCGUUCGGGACCAUCUACACGCACAAGCCCAACCCGCGGACAACCGCUAUCCUGGCCAUCGCAAAACUGUACGGCCUCGAGCUGGACAUCAUCUACGCCAAUAAGCAUACCGAUCCGGAAAACUACUCCAAGCUUCUCCGGGUCAGCCCCCUCGGCCAGGUGCCCGUGUUUGUCGGUGCCGACGGUUUCGUGUUGACGGAGUGCAUUCCCAUUACGCUGUACGUUGCCUCGCAAAGCGACACCACCACCCUCCUCGGAACCACCCGCCGUGACGGUUUCCUCAUUCAAAAAUGGAUGUCCCUGAUCAACUCCAACACGCUUCCCGCCGUCGGCGGCAUCCUCAUGCCCCUGAUGGGCAUCCAGCUGGCGGUGCGCAAGAACACGCAGGAUUGUCUGCGCGCGUUCUAUGCCGACUGCAAACUGCUUGAUGCGCACUUGACCGAAAGGAAAUAUCUCGUGGGCGAGGGGUUGACGGUGGCCGAUCUGUUUGCCGUGAGCAUGCUGCAGUUCGCUGUCUCGGUGUUUCACCGCGUGCUCAAGGCCGAGUAUCCGCAGCUGUGGGAGUGGUUUGGCCGUGUGUAUGAGACACCAGUCUUGAAGGAAGCGGCGGGGGAGUUGAAGCUGUUGGAUCUGCCGAUGCCCGAGCUGGAGUAA